UCUGGGCUCUGCUCACCCGGCCCCCGAUGACUGCGGCAAACUGCGGCGGCGCCAACGACGACUUCGACUUCAGGCUCAUCUUCGGCGAGGACGCGCUGCCCGGCCCGGGGCCGCCGACGCCACUACCACGCGCGCUUGGGCCUGCCGCCGCAGCAGAUCUUGAUCCAGAUGAUUGUACAUCUGGGUGUAUCUUCAAUGUAGACCAUUCGUCAUCAUCUAUAAAUCAUCCUAUUUGUAUCCCAUGUCAUGGAUUUCAAUCACACCCUUCUCCUUUGUCUUCACCUACUAGACUGCACGGUCAUAAAAGUUAUGAAGGAACAUGUGAAAUACCAAACUCUAAAUACAGUCCACUAGGUGGUCCUAAGCCUUUUGAGUGUCCUAGUAUUCAGAUUACAUCUAUCUCUCCUAACUGUCAUCAAGGAAUAGAAGCCAGUGAAAAUGAAUUGCACACAAAUGGCCCUCAAAAUGAAUAUAUGGACAGGCCUUCGAGGGAUCACUUGUAUCUUCCCCUCGAACCAUCUUACAGGGAUUCGUCCCUUAGCCCAAGUCCUGCCAGCAGCAUUUCCUCUAGGAGCUGGUUCUCGGAUGCCUCCUCUUGUGAGUCGAUCUCUCACAUUUAUGAUGACGUUGAUUCAGAGCUGAAUGAAGCUGCUUCUCGGUUUACCCUUGGGUCACCUUUGGCAUCUCCUGGAGGUUCUCCGAGGGGCUGUCCAGUAGAUGAACCUUGGCAGUCAUCUUAUGGAUUUGGUCAUGCCUUGUCACCUAGACAAUCUCCUUGUCAUUCUCCUAGGACUAGUAUCACAGAUGAAAAUUGGCUUAGCCCUAGGCCGACCUCAAGACCAUCAUCAAGGCCAACGUCACCGUGUGGAAAGCGGCGACAUUCUAGUGCUGAGAUCUGUUACAUUGGCUCACUUUCUCCUCAUCAUUCUCCAACCCCAUCCCCAGGUCACUCUCCUAGGGGAAGCAUCACGGAAGACACAUGGCUAAAUCCUUCUCUCCAUGGUCUGACGCCUGGCCUUUCACCGUUUCAGUGUUGUGCAGAGACUGACAUCCCUCUUAAAACAAGAAAGACCUCUGAGGAUCAAACUGCCAUUAUGCCGGGGAAAAUAGAGCUUGGUUCUGAAGAACAGGGUAGUUUAUCACCGUCCCUGGAAUCUGCAAUAGAGGAUAGCUCUACAUCUCCGCACACACUGAAAAAAGACUUGCCCGGAGACCAAUUUCUUUCUGUUCCUUCACACUUUACUUGGAGCAAACCAAAGCCUGGCCAUACUCCUAUAUUUCGCACAUCUUCGUUGCCUCCCCUAGACUGGCCUUUACCUGCUCAAUAUGGACAGUGUGAACUAAAAAUAGAAGUGCAACCAAAAACUCAUCACAGAGCACACUAUGAAACGGAAGGCAGCAGAGGAGCUGUGAAAGCAUCCACUGGUGGGCAUCCUGUAGUGAAGCUCCUGGGUUACAGUGAAAAACCAGUAAACCUACAGAUGUUCAUUGGGACUGCAGAUGAUCGCUACUUAAGGCCACAUGCCUUCUACCAGGUGCACAGAAUCACAGGGAAAACGGUUGCUACUGCUAGCCAAGAAAUAAUUAUUACCAGCACAAAGGUCUUGGAAAUUCCACUGCUUCCUGAAAACAAUAUGUCAGCCAGUAUUGAUUGUGCAGGCAUUUUGAAACUCCGCAAUUCCGACAUAGAGCUUCGUAAGGGGGAGACGGAUAUUGGAAGGAAAAAUACAAGAGUGCGGCUUGUGUUUCGAGUUCACAUCCCACAGCCCAAUGGAAAAGUCCUGUCUCUCCAAGUUUCUUCGAUACCUGUCGAGUGCUCUCAGAGAUCGGCUCAAGAACUUCCCCAGAUAGAGAAAUACAGCAUCAGCAGUUGCUCAGUAAAUGGAGGGCAUGAAAUGGUGGUUACUGGGUCGAACUUUCUUCCGGAAUCAAAAAUAAUAUUUCUUGAAAAAGGGCAAGAUGGACGGCCUCAGUGGGAGGUAGAAGGAAAAAUAAUUAGGGAAAAGAGUCAAGAGGCUACAAUUGUUCUUGAAGUUCCUCCGUACCACAACAAAGCAGUUUCGGCUGCUGUCCAGGUGCAGUUCUACAUUUGCAACGGCAAGAGGAAAAAAAGCCAGUCUCAACGUUUUACUUACACACCAAUUGUACCAAAACAAGAGAACAGGGAUGAAAUGGAUUUGUCUUCAGUUUCGUCAUUGUCCCUGACCCGUUGUACUGGUGUUAAAGGACACCCUUCUCUUCAGACUCAGCUGUCUUCACCUGAUUCAGGGCUCUCCCACGAGAGCUUACUUUCUACGUCACCCAGGAGCCUUGUAUGCCCAGUUCAGCAAGCGUAUACGCCCAUGGUGUCCUCCACAGUACCCCAGCUGUCGCAUCUCCAAGGUAGAAACAUUAGCCCAGGUGAAGAGCAUCCUGUUUUGUCUCCAGCUGUAGUCCACCCGUCUUUUCAGGUAACAUCAGCAGCACCUUCUGCGAGGCCUUCCUAUCAGCCUAUGCAACCUAAUGUUAUGUUUAACGGACAGUCUGGUCUUCCCAUGAACUCUGCCAGCCAAGGAUUUGAUGCGAUUUCGUUUCAGCAAGAUGCAGCAGCUGUACCUCAGUUGAUCAACCUGAGCUGCCAAUCCCUACCACCGAUGCCGUACCAUUCUUCAAAUCUGGCUUCGGUGUCAACUUCAGCUGUAGCGGGGGGCCAUCCUUCAUCGCACCCUGCUCAACAAAGACAGUCGUCGCCUCAUCUGCAUUCGAUGGGGUACCAUUGUCCAAAUCCUCGGCAAAGUACUGCCUCUUCUGCAAUGACUCAGUCCCUUGGACCCCCUUCUGCUCAGCUGCAGCAGAUGGCUUACCAUUCUUCAAAUCCAGGUAACACUUCCUCACCGUCCCCCAAAUCCUCUCAUUCUAUGGUCCAUUCACCACGAUCCGGACCAUCUUCCCCACAGCUGCAGCCUAUGCCUUACCAGACUUCUAGCUCAGGACCCGCCUCCUCCCCUCCGCCUGCUGUUAGUCACUCCGGGCAGCAGUCGCCUCAGGCACACAGUCCAGGUUUGGGAGGAAUUGCUGCAGCUUCAUCCUUGAUCCAUCAUAACGUUUGUGACGCAUCUCCGUUUCCACCAGAGGAGGCAGCGGUUAACGUGAAGCCUGAACCUGAAGACAGAGAGCUGAGUUUUCAGACAAUAGGGCUGCAAGACAUCACCUUAGAUGACGUGAAUGAGAUCAUAGGAAGAGACAUGUCGCAGAUCUCCGUGUCCCAUGGUGCGGUGGUGGCCAUUCAUCCUCCAAACACAUGCCCCACAUCUCUGGAGGCGGGCAUUUCGGAUGCCGUGCAGUAGCAGCUCAGCUUGCGGCGAAGCAGA